AUGCAGAGCAACUUCUCCCUGGCCUCCGGCGGGGAAACCCUCCGAGCCCUCCCUACCGCAGCGUUCAACGCCUCGUCGGGGCCGCGCUCCGCGGCUCCCUGCCCGCUCACCUCCUCGGACUACCAGUUCUCCCUCAUCCCAGCCCUCUUCUCUGCCUUCUUCCUCCUGGGCUCGGUGGGCAACAGCGUGGUGGUGGCGGCGCUGUGUCGCCGCGGCGGCCCCGGGACGGCGGCCAACGUCUACAUCUGCAACCUGGCGGCGGCGGAUCUGCUGUGCCUCGCCACCCUCCCCUUCUGGGCCACCUACUACGCCCAGGGCUACGACUGGCUCUUUGGGGCCCUCAUGUGCAAGGUCUGCGGCUCGGUGCUCUGCCUCAACAUGUUUGCCAGCAUCUUCUUCAUCACCUGCAUGAGCGUGGAGCGGUACCGCGCCGUGGCCCAGCCGCUGCGCUCGCAGCGCAGGACUCCGCAGCAGGCUCGCUCGGUAGCCCUGGGGCUGUGGCUCCUGGCCUGCCUGGCCUCCCUCCCGACCUUCUAUUUCCGGGACACUCGCCACGUCCGGAGCCUGGGGGUCGAUGCCUGCGUCAUGGCCUUUCCCCAGGAGGCUUAUGCCAGGUGGUCUGUGGCCACAGCCCUGCUGAAAACCGCCCUGGGCUUCCUCGUGCCCCUGGCGGUGAUCACCGCCUGCUACCUGCGCAUCAGGAGGCACCUCCUGCGGGCGCGAAACUUCGGGGAAAGCCGGCAGAGGAGGGACAAAGUGCUCAAGCUGGUGGCUGCCGUGGUGGUGGCCUUCUUGGUCUCCUGGCUGCCCUUCCACGUGUUGACCUUUCUGGACGCCAUGGCCCACCUGAGGGUCAUCGAGAGCUGCGAGGUGACCGGCGCCAUCGACACGGCCCUGCCCUUCGGCAUCUGCAUGGCGCUCUCCAACAGCUGCACCAACCCCCUGCUCUACUGCUUCGUCGGCAACCAGUUCCGGGAGAGGCUCCACCGCCUGUUCAAGAGACGAGUUUCUCGGCUCAGCAGCCACCAAGAGAGCUCUUCCUGGAGGAGGGGAAGCUGCCCCAGGGCUGCUGAGACCCCCCCGGGCAGGGGAGAGGGCCCCGAGUCACAGCAUCACAGGAGCACAGGGUGUUAGGGGCU